ACACAGAAGAACACUUAUCCACAAAUGAACACUCAUCAACAAGAAAAUGUGUUUUGAUAACAAGUGUGACAGUUACGAAAUUCGUCGGUACGAAUAAAUCAACUUGUGCUGCUGUCGUAGUGCUGAUGUUAUGAUAAAUUAACUGAUUUAUGACAGACACUCAGAAAAAUGAAAGACAAAAAACUGUCAGCCUUUGCAAUUCUGAAAGGGAAAAAGACAAAAACUGAGACUGCCAGUUCACAGCCAUGUGAAUCCACAGAUGCCACAGUCUCUCUGAAGAAGGCCAACAGUACCCCAGCUAUCAAUGAGGAUGAAAGUACCUCCAAGAGAUUUCUGAGAGCGUUCAAGGGUGGCAGCUUCAGGAGCACUCUGCGGGGAAACAAACAUCGCCCCACCAUCCUGUCCGAUGGUACCGGUAACAGCCCGUUUGUUGCCGGCAAUGAGGACGGGGUGAAACUGACAGGUGUGAAAGAGAAGGAGAAAUCAGCAAAAGAUGCAUCCCUGGGCCUUGGGAAGAAGUCUCAGUCAAAUGGAUCUGUACACAGUAAGACUGUUGACAAUAAACCCCUUCUAGCUACCACACCCAGGCUGCCACACCCCCCUUCCAAACACCCCCAGGAGUCUCCACGACUAUCAGGAGCCAGAGCUGCAGCCAAACAGAAGAAGCCUCUUCCUCCAGUACCGAAAGUAGACUUCAGCGAGACUCCAAAGACAUCAAGUCCUAAUCUGCACGGCAGCAAGUCGGUUUCCACCCCCGACAUCAGUGGCAUCCACCAAUCAGAAACCUCCGCUGACAAGCUGGUCAAAAAAAAGGGCAAGCGGGGACUUGAUGAUGGCUCUCCUGACUCAGCGAGAAAGAAGCAGAGAGUGUCGUCCCCCAAGCCUACCAGAAUUGUACCUCCACAGUUAUUGUCCCAGCCAGAGGCUAGGAAGAAGGUGUCAGCGAUGCACUUGCUCGACUCAGUCACUGACUCGCAGGAGGAUGCUCGCAAACUGUUUGAGUGCAUGAUACACCCGGUCACAGUGGACAAGUUCUUCAGUGAGUUAUGGGAGAAGAAGCCCCUGUUAGUUCGCCGUCACAUCAGAAACUACAACAAGGGCUGGUUCAGUACAGAGGAACUCGACCGCAUCCUACACAACGAGUUUGUGCAGUUUGGGGUCAACCUGGACGUGACCUCGUAUCGGGACGGCAAGCGUGAGACCCACAAUCCACCAGGGCGGGCAUACAGGUCACUGGUCUGGGACUUCUACCAGAAUGGUUGCUCCAUUCGCCUGCUUAACCCACAGACGUACUCCGAGUCUGUUUGGAAGAUGCUCACCACUCUACAGGAAUACUUUGGCUGCUGCGUGGGAGCAAACGUGUAUCUCACACCAGCAGGGACGCAGGGUUUUGCACCUCAUUAUGAUGAUAUUGAGGCAUUCAUUCUACAGUUGGAGGGAAAAAAACACUGGCGACUGUAUAACCCAAGGUCAAAAGAAGAAACACUUCCAAGAUUUUCAAGUGGUAACUUCACAGACGCGGAUAUUGGACCCCCAGUCUUGGAUGUGACCCUUGAGGCCGGGGACCUUCUCUACUUCCCUCGUGGUAUCAUACACCAGGCUAACUCACUGGAGGAUGCCCAUUCACUUCACAUCACUGUGUCCUGCUACCAGCGCAACACCUGGGGCGAUCUCUUACACAAGCUGGUACCGAGAGCCCUGGACAUAGCUAUAGAGGAGGAUGUGAUGUUCCGCCAGGGGCUGCCUGUAGACUAUCUCAACUAUAUGGGGUUGGCCAACUCUGACGUGGACAGCCAGCAGCGUACGGUGUUCCUGGAGAGGACCAUGGCGCUGAUGCGGCGCCUCAUGGAGCAGUACCUGCCAACAGACGCAGCCUGUGACCAGCUGGGCAAGCAGUUCAUGCAUGACAGUCUGCCCCCCUUCCUGACUGAAGGUGAGAAGUCCUGUAGCAUUCACGGUCACGGUGAGCGCUGGGACCCAGCCGGUAAUGUGGUGCGGGAUCACACAGAGAUGGAACCAGACACAAUGGUGAAGCUGAUCAGAAAGGGGUGCCUGCGCCUGAUCACUGAGGACGACGUAGUCCGGGUCUACCACAACAUCGAGAAUGCUCGCGUAUACCAUGGGAGAGAACCCCAAUAUAUUGAGAUAUCAGCAGAGCUGGCCCCUGCAGUAGAGUUGUUGCUGCACAGCUACCCGGAGUAUGUUGCUGUGGACUCGUUGCCAGCGGAGACCGUGGAAGAGAGGCUGGAGAUAGCGACGAUCCUGUAUGAUAAGGGCCUCCUUGUCACCGGGGAACCCCUACAAAACGUGCAUGUGGACGAUACAUCGUCUGACGAGGGGGAAGAGGAGGGGGACUCUUGAUUAGGGGCUUGGGUUGCAGUGGGAUCAUUGGAUGCUAACUGGGAUUGCAGUGAGAUCAAUGGACCUUUACUGGGAUUGCAGUGGGAUCAUUGGACCUUUACUGGGAUUGCAGUGGGAUCAUUGGACCUUUACUGGGAUUGCAGUGAGAUCAUUGGACUUUCACUGAUAUUUAAGUGAGAUCAUUGGACUGUCACUGGGAUUUCAGUGGGAUCAAUGGGUGCUUACUGGAAUUGCAGUGGUAUCAUUGGACUUUUACUGGAUUUCAGUGGGAUCAUUGGAUUUCAGUAGGGUUAUUCUGAUUUUCCUGGGAGUAAUCCUAUUCAGUGGGAUAUUUGGGCUUUCACUGGGAUUUAGGUUGAUUUCUUUGGUAUCAAGAUAUCAUGUGCUGAGGGUCUGGGAUUGCAAGGGAUACUUUGGUGGCAGAUAACACUUGCUGUGGAAAUGUGUCAUUACGCAAAUGUUCCCCAUGAAAUAUCAACAGUUUGUGCCCGGUACUAAGAGGUCAUUCUUCCGGAACAUUGUGUUAUAGACUUGUAUCCAUAAAGAUCAGCCGGGCCCGUUAGCUUGGUGGGUAUAGCCCUUGACUGAAUAUCGGAUAUUGGGAGUCAACAGUUCCUUUGCCAGCCCAACUAUGCGACUUGUGUUGGACAUCUAUAUGGCUAUUAAUUCCAAAAUAGAGGGAAAAAUAUUCUGAUAAAUUUUCCCAGUAAAAGUGUGCAAAGGUUUACUUUCUGCCAUAAUAUGGCUGAAAUAUUGUUAAAAAUGGCUAAACAAAUCAACAUACAACUAUUCUCUGUUUUGAACACCAAACUAAAUUAGCUGGAACUUCAUAAGAAAAACUGCUCAUAUACAUGGUGUGUUUGCUGUUAAUUUUGUCCGAAAUGUUUAAACUGUAGAAAAUAAUAGACCUUUGACCAUAUAGCCUGUAGGAAAUAUUGAUUAACACCUGAACAAUUUCACUGGAAUAUUUCCUUUUCUAUAUUAUUAUGUAUGACUUAAAUUGAGAUUUUCUUUACUUUAGUUCUUUAGUACCAAUGUAUACAUGCUGAUAGUCCUUUGUUUGUUAAGUAUCAUUAUCCUCAAGGAUUGUUUAGCCUUGGAAAAAAGCACUGUUUUCUGGAAAAAAUGUCUUGUUCUUUAUCUUAAAAUUUUACUGUUUACAUGUUUUGAUUGUGUAUGUCAUGUGUCAUUAUAAAAUGUUAGUGGUAGUAAAUAAAUAAAAAAUUAAUAAAA